CAAUAAUAGUUUUCCGAAUUUUCAUUUUUCCAGGAAUUUAGUUGCAGGGAAUCCUUCUUAUUAUUAAAUAUAUGAGUUAAUAUGAAUAAAAAAAACUUAGCACCUUCACAGUUAGCAUUCACAGAUUGAAUGAUCAUCUGUUUUUCCUUUCGAUCCAAGCAUCCAAUUCACUCGGUUAAUCAGGAGGCAGCAGUUCUUGAUUAGGUGCUUAGGAGAUUACAGUGGUAGCAGCAAGAAUAUCUGCAAUUCUACCACCAUAAAAAUGCAAUCUUUACUGAGUGGUGGUAGCCCUUCAAUGGAGGUUGAUGCUGUCACCAUCUUGAAAUCAAUCACUCCAUCUCUAGAACCUUCCAGGCAUAAAGGCCAAGCUGGUGAUAAUUUUCUUCCUAUUUUACUUCAAUUUGGUAGAUAGUUCUAGAAAGUUUGUAGUUAGUUAUACAUAUUCCGUUUUCCUUUUAUAGAAUAAUUCUUUGAUUUCGUUUGUAAUAUUUUGGUAAUUUACUAAAAUUUUGGGAUGCUCUGAGCUUUCACUUGAGUUUAGUCCUUUAUUUGUUGGAGGUCUUUAAUGAACCCUAAUUAGGGAUUGGUGAAUCCUAAUUAGGGUGGAUGCACCGUGCAUACGGAUGUACACAAGUUUUUGCCUUUUUUGUUUAUAUGCAUCCGUAGAUAGAGUCAUGAUGUUUCACUGUUUUUAAGCAAUAGUUUGAGAUUUACAGACUUCGUUACGUAGGAUGUCAGCAGAAAAAAGGUUGAUUUUGAGGAAGGAACAGUUCAUUAUUGCCACUGAAUGUAACUUUGGGUGGAAGAUCGCAGUUGUAGGAGGUUGCCGUGAAUACACUGGUGCACCGUACUUUUCUGCUAUUUCAGCUUUAAAAAUCGGUGCUGAUUUGUCGCACGUGUUCUGCACAAAAGAUGCCGCCCCGGUUAUUAAAGGCUACAGUCCCGAGUUAAUUGUGCACCCUAUACUGGAAGAGUCAUACAGUGUUAGGGAUGAAGAUAAGAAAUCGGUAUCAGCCAAAGUUAUUGAAGAGGUUGAUAAGUGGAUGGAGCGAUUCGAUUGUCUAGUUAUCGGUCCAGGCCUUGGGAGGGACCCGUUUCUCCUGGACUGUGUAAGCAACAUAAUGAAGCGCGCGAGGCAAUCCAAUGUUCCAAUGGUUAUAGAUGGGGACGGGCUUUUUCUUGUUACAAAUUCUCUUGAUUUGAUCAGUGGUUAUCCCCUGGCUGUCUUAACGCCCAAUGUAAACGAGUACAAGCGCCUUGUGCAAAAGGUUUUGCAAUGUGAUGUAAACGAUCUUGAUGGAGCUCAGCAACUACUUUCGCUUGCAAGAGGAGUAGGAGGCGCGACCAUUUUGAGGAAGGGAGGAUCUGAUUUCAUCAGCAAUGGCGAAACAGUUCAUGCGGUGAGCAGUUUUGGUUCUCCAAGGCGAUGUGGUGGCCAGGGAGAUAUACUCUCUGGAAGCGUGGCUGUAUUCGUGUCAUGGGCCCGCCAACGUGCUGCUAAAGCGGAGCCGAGCAUGAGUCCGACAGUGAUGGGGUGCAUUGCAGGCUCUGUUUUGCUGAGAAAGGCUGCUUCACAUGCAUUUGAGAGUAACAAAAGAUCUACGCUUACAACGGACAUCAUUGAACACUUGGGAAGAAGUUUGGAGGAGUUCUGCCCGGUCAGUCGAUAAAACGACGUCGUUACAGGAGUAGGAAGCGACGUGAGAAAGAUGAGUAUAUUUUUUUUGUGUACUUUUAUUUGUUUAUCCCAUGUACAUUAGGAUCUUUCAAGGGUUUAAAUAAGGUUGAUUUUGCCCAGAUAUUUUUGAAACAGUCGAAAUGUUGAGAUCUUUUGCUUUUCA